AUGAUCGGUCUGAGCAAGCUUUGCUCGGCACUCACUGUGGUGUUUGUAGUCUCUCUUGUAGCCAUACUCGCUCUGCUCUUCUGCAUGCUCCGGCGACGGAGAAGGAUCCGUGGAAAGAGAGUCUUUGAUGGCGAGGAGAAUUCACUCUACAACCCCUCAAAGGAGCUCUUCUACUUUUUCUGCUGGAAAAAUCAAUCCCGCAUCGAGCCCCAGCAAGCUCCUUCUCCCUCUCCACACAAGAGAAACAGCGGAGAGGAGGAGAGAGAGGGUGUGGACUGUGAGAACUGUUCUUCUUCGGAGAAAGGGAAGACGAAAUCGAAGAGGGUGAUUACAGAGGAGCGCGUUGGGGUCGUUGGGGUGUCAAGCUCAUUGCCAGUGGUGUUCAUGACGAUCGAUGUGGAUGAAGCGACGCUGUUUUCAACGCCUUGUGCUUCGUCGCCUUACUACACUCCUUUGCCUUCUCCUACUCGUGAGAUGGAAUCUACAACCUAA